AUGAGGAAGUGGUUACGAAAAAAUAUAAAAAAGAAUAAUACUUUUGAGGAUGUUCGUUUAACGAGAAUGUUAUUAAAUUUGAUUUCACCAGGAGGGGAUAAUUCCGAGUUAAUAGGCGAACAAGACAAUAGUAUUAAUUUAGGGGAUAGAACAUUUAUCGAGAGAAUUAAUAUUUUUGAUUUUGAUGGGACACUUCUCGAUUCACCUCAGCCAAACCCUCAAUUAUGGAAUUCUUCAUUCAUUGGUCUUUUAAUGGAUGAAAAUAAAAUUUAUAAAGGAUGGUAUCAAGAUAAAAGGACAUUAAAUAUUAAUUCUGAACAAAAUAGAAAAUGGUGGAAUGAAAGAGUAGUUAGUUCAGUACGUAAAUCAAUGUUACAACCAACUUCUUUAACAGUAUUACUCACAGGACGCAAAUAUACAGAAUUUCAUGAAGUAGUUACAGAUUUGACGUCAACGAAAGGAUUAGAAUUUGAUAUAAUGGGAUUCAAACCAGAUCAAGAUCGAGAUGUACUUGAUUGGAGUUUGUAUUAUAAACCAGGAAUUUACAAUAAAAUAGGAAGAGAGAAUUAUGAACGAAUUUCAAAAUUAAGGACAAGUAUGGAUAAACCAAUAAGAACCAAGGUUUACAAAUUAAAAUUUAUUGAAGAAUUGUUGUGGCAUCAUCCAUCUACUCGAGCAAUUUAUUUAUGGGAAGAUCGAGUUGCCCAUGCCAAUAAAUUUCAGGAAUUUUUAAAUUUUUUAAAAGGUCAAAGAAGAAUUCGGGAAGGUUUGGUGAAUGUAGUAGUACCUAGGAAGCGUUAUUUCACAAAAAAAGAUGAGAUAAAAAUGGUCAAAGAAAUGGUUGAAGACCAUAAUAGACAGGUUGAGAUGAUGAAAAAUGAAGGACAAAUGGGAAUUUUAGAAGAAAUAAGGAAUUUGGAAGAAACGGAAAAUGAAGAAACGGAAAAUGAAGAAGAAAUGGAAGAUUUGGAAGAUUUGGAAGAUCUAGGAGAAAGGGAAAGUCUAGAAGAAAUGGAAAUUUUAGAAGAAAGGGAAAUAUUAGGAGAAAGGGAAAUAUUAAAAGAAAGGGAAAUAUUAGGAGAAAGGGGAAUAUUAAGAGAAAGGGAAAAUUUAGAAGAAAGGGAAGAUUUAGAAGAGAGGGAGGAUUUAGAAGAAAGGGAAGAAAGGGAAGAAAGAGAAAGAUUUGGACGAAAUGAAAGAUUUGGAAGAAAUGAAGGAUUUGGAAGAAAUGAAGGAUUUGGAAGAAAUGAAGGAUUUGGAAGAAAUGAAGGAUUUGGACGAAGUGAAGGAUUUGUACGAAAUGAAAGAUUCGGAAGAAAUGGUUUCUUUGGGCGAAAUGAAAGAUUCAGAAGAAAUGAAAGCUUUGGACGAGAUGAAGGAUUCAGAAGAAAUGAAGGAUUUGGGAGAAAUGAAGGAUUUGGGAGAAAUGAAGGAUUUGGAAGAAAUGAAAGAUUUGGAAGAAAUGAAAGGUUCAGAAGAGAUGAAAGAUUUGGGCGAGAUGAAAGAUUUGGAAGAGAUGAAAGAUUUGGACGAGACGAAAGAGAUGAAAGAUUUAGAGGAAAUGAAAGAUUUAGAGGAAGUGAAAGAUUUAGAGGAAAUGAAAGAUUUAGAGGAAAUGAAAGAUUUAGAGGAAAUGAAAGAUUCAGAGGAAAUGAAAGAUUUAGAGGAAAUGAAAGAUUUAGAGGAAAUGAAAGAUUUAGAGGAAAUGAAAGAUUUAGAGGAAAUGAAAGCUUUAGACGAAAUGAAAGAUUUGGACGAGAUGAAGGAUUUAGAAUAGAAGAAAGAUUUGGAAGGGAUGAAAGAUUUGGACGUGAUGAAGGGUUUAGAAGAGAUUGGGAGUAA